AGACGAGCCUUGACAAAGACCUCCAAGAACAAUUUCCACGCGCGAUGAUCCUUAUCCUAGCAGCAACAUAUCUGUUAAUUGAGUUGAGUGUAGCGGCCAAUCCGUGUACGACCAGCAGUUAUUCUGACGGCUGUAGUAUCCCUGGUGAUCUCCCUUUCUUCUACAAGGAUACAUUCACCCAAAACUGUAACCAACAUGACGUCUGUUAUUUCUGUGCAGUUCAGUAUGGGUUGGGCAGACAUGACUGCGAUGAUCUAUUCCUGAAGAACAUGCAGGUAUCAUGUAACCACCUGGACCGGAGAAGAUUCCUGUUUGGCAGUGAUGGUAAUACCCAACCUACACACCAUGCCUGUAUGGCUUCAGCGUUUGUCUAUUACGAGGCAGUAUAUCUGGGUGCUGAAAGCCACUUCGAGCAAACAUCGCCACCUUGGUGUGGCGAGAGCUGGGUUCGACAAUGUUUACCAUAAUCAUAUAAUAUGUUAACAGUUUUUUAUUGUCAUUUUUGACAAACCAAAUACAUUUUUGAUAUCUCCAUUGCUCA